UCAUGCGGUCCUUCUACAAUAGGUAAGGAGAGAGAGACAGAGAGAGGAAGAGAAAUAUACAAGGAGAGAGAGAGAGAGAGAGAGAGAGACAGAGAGGGAGAAAGAGUGACUGUGUUUUGGGGAGAAAGACAGUGAGAAAGAAGAGGGCAGAGUGAGAGGGAAGACGGGAAAGAAGUUACAACAACCCUGGGAAUGAACCCCUGGGAAUGAAGUGGUGACUGGCAGAUAGAGCUGAGAGAUGAAGAGGUAGAACUGGUGACAGGGACAGAUUCACAGUGUGGACCUGCACAGGAGAGAGAGGCAGCAUUCAGAGGAGUACUCAGUAAAGAGAAGAAGCAUUGGAACUUCCUCAGUUAUCACAGCUGGCUCUCAAGAGAGAGGGCAAAAGAGAGCGUGACAAGACAGGAAACCCCACAGGUGUAGAUGCAGACAGGUGGACAGUCAGACAUGCUGCUUGUGCUUCUGCUGCUGUGCAUGGCUGGAGGAGUUUGGGGGUCCGCCCCCGGAGUGUGGGGGUACGGACGGAUCCAAGACAGGCAGGGGCCAGCGGCGUCGCUGUGCCCGUCUCCGUGCCAGUGCGAAGAAGAUGGGAUAUUCGUCAUGGUGGACUGCUCGGAGUUGGGACUAUCUUCUGUGCCAGCCAACCUCAGCCCUCUCACCACUUACCUGGAUCUGAGUAUGAACAACAUCAGUGAGAUCCAACCCAGAGCCUUCCACCGAUUACACCUGUUAUCAGAACUGCGUAUCUCAGGGAAUCAGCUGAGGUAUAUCUCAGGCCACGCUCUCCAGGGUCUCCACAACCUCAAAGUUCUAAUGCUACAAAACAACCAGCUGGAGAGACUUCCUGAUGAUGCUCCAUGGGAUCUACCCAACCUACUGUCCUUGCGUCUUGAUGCUAACCUGUUGUCUGAGGUUCCGGCUGGGACCUUUAGAGGGGUUCGCUCUCUAAGACACCUGUGGUUGGACGAUAACUCUCUAACAGAGAUCCCAGUGACAGCCCUGGACUCUCUGCCCUCCCUGCAGGCCAUGACGCUGGCCCUCAACCAGAUCACUCACAUCCCAGACUAUGCUUUCACCAAUCUCUCCGCCCUUGUCGUACUGCAUCUCCAUAACAACCAGAUCCAGAGCAUGGGUGCGAGAUGUUUUGAAGGUUUACACAGUCUGGAGACACUGGAUUUAAACUACAAUGAUCUGCAGGAGUUCCCUGUGGCCAUCAGGACACUGAGUAAGCUUCAGGAACUGGGCUUCCAUAACAACAAUAUCAAAGCUAUCCCUGAGAGGGCCUUCGUGGGAAACCCUCAGCUCCAAACCAUUCAUUUCUAUGAGAACCCCAUCCAGUUUGUGGGAAAAUCCGCUUUCCAAUUCUUACCUAAGUUGCACACACUUUCCCUUAAUGGAGCAACCCAGAUUCGAGAGUUUCCAGAUCUGAAAGGAACCACCAGCCUGGAAAUUUUGACGUUGACCCGGGCUGGUCUCUCAGCUCUCCCUCUGGAUCUAUGUGAGCAGCUGCCUCGCCUCAGAGUUCUGGAGCUGUCUUACAACCAGAUUGAAGAUCUGCCUAGUUUUUACCACUGCUCCGCACUGCAGGAGAUAGGGCUACAGCAUAACCAAAUCAGGAGGAUAGAGUCAAGCACCUUCCAGCAGCUCACCUCUCUAAGAGCACUUGAUCUGAGCUGGAAUAUGAUCGAGUGGAUUCACCCAGAUGCCUUUGCCUCACUUCACUCUUUGAUUAAACUGGACCUGACUGAGAACCGUCUCAGCUCAGUCCCUGUUGCAGGUUUGGGGAGUCUCACCCACCUCAAGCUGAGGGGCAACACAGAUUUAUAUGAGGCCUUCAGUCCUGAUCACUUCCCCCGUAUGAGGGUGAUAGAGAUGCCUUAUGCCUACCAGUGCUGUGUAUAUGGUUCCUGUGAUAGCUACAAGCCUGCCAGUCAGUGGGACACAGAGCAAAGCAACACCGAUGAGGACCUACACAAGAGGACUGUGGCUAUGUACCCUAUCCAUGCUGACACACACUAUGACCCUGACCUGGAGGAAUUCCAACUGGAAAUAGAGGAAUCCAAACUACAGACGAGUGUCCAAUGCACACCCACGCCAGGUCCUUUCCGUCCCUGCGACUCUCUGUUGGGAAGCUGGCUGGUUCGUGUGGGAUUGUGGUCCAUCUCUCUGGUGUCUCUGCUGGGGAACUCCCUCUUGCUCCUGUCCCUCUUCGGCUCACCCGGCUACCUGUCGCCCCUCCGCUUCACUGUGGCCUGUAUGGGUGCUUCCAAUCUGCUGACAGGUGUGUGUACAUGCACGCUGACCCUUGUGGAUGCUCUUACCCUUGGAGAGUUUGGCCACCAUGGUGCCCGCUGGGAGGGCGGUCCCGGUUGUCAGGCAACAGGAUGGGUCUGGGUGUUUGCAUCUGAGGCGAGUGUGCUGCUUCUGACUCUUGCAGCUGUGCAGUGCGGUGUGAGCGUGACGUGCGCCCGGGCAUAUGGGAAGUCCCCGUCCCUCGGAAGUGUACGCACAUGUGCACUUUUCUGCCUCACUCUUUCCCUGACCCUGGCCUCUCUCCCACUCGCAGGAGUUGGGGAAUAUGGAUCCUCACCUUUCUGCCUUCCCUCACCCCUACCACCCCCAUCCUCUCGGCUGCCAUCUUCCCUGGGCUUCCCCUUGGCACUCAUUAUGAUGAACACCCUGUGCUUGCUUAUAGUCACAGGUUCAUACAUCCGCCUUUACUGGGAGUUACUUCGGGGGGAGUGUGAGGGCUUGUGGGACUGUGCCAUGAUCAAACAUGUUGCCUGGCUGAUAUUCACCAAUGGCCUCCUCUACGUACCAGUAGCUUUCCUCUCCCUCUGUUCCCUUUUAGGUCUCCUCUCUCUAGGGGAAGAGGUGCUAAAAUCAGUCCUCUUGCUCCUCCAGCCCUUGCCUGCCUGCCUCAACCCCCUCCUUUUUCUCCUCUUCACACGUGAUCACUCCCAGUUUUUCUUCUGGCCUCGCCCCAAAGCACGUCCACAGCUACGCCGGGACCGCACCCUGGACUCGCUGGUUUCUGUGGAGACAGAGAAGAGCUCCUGCUCCGAUUCGUCAACACAGGCAUCACUCGCUGAUGCUGAUGCUCUGUACAGUGGGGGGUCCUCUCUCCAACCCCAACUGGAUCCAAUCCGAUUUUCCCACUGCUCCUCUUCUUCCUCUGUUCCUCUUAUCCCUUGCCAGAUACCCACUCCUGCUGCCAGAGAUAGAGACAGAGCAACAGAACGAGGAAGCCUGAACGAUAAUGAAUGUCUGAGGAGUUUGGAUCAAGAUGUUAUUCAUAACACUUGUGCUCUGUAUCACUCUACCAUGACUCCCUCUCUCACCUCUUAUCCAUGAGCCUUUCAAGCUAGCUGUCUGAAUAACUGGGACACUAUGGACAGUCAAGACCAUAAUCAAACAGCAGCAGCAAGACCAUGGUCUGGGUAAUUAAUCCUCAAGCACCUCAGAAUGAGUCCACACGGAGACUGCAGAGUACUCUAGAGAAAUCUAUGAGAACACAACUAAGUGCCUCCAAAAAUGGAGAGUGCAACUAAAGGUUCCCUUCACAAUAAAGACUAUUUAAAAGGAGACACCACAAUACAGCAUGACUGUUAAAGUAAAGGACUAUUUCAGACACUACUCAGUGGAAUGCGUCAGUCAUGGCACAGAGGUAACUCAAAGAAAAGCUGUUAACCACAUGAAAAAUCAAGGAGCAUCAGACAAAUCAAUGGUUUAGCCAGGGGGGAAUUUAGUUAGACCCAGUAGAAUUUUAAGUGUAAAUGUUUAUACUGAAAUGUGAUCAUGAGACAUGCAACUUAGGGGUUACAGAUUGUUUGGUUAUAUUUUAAGUGGAGUUAUCUUAUUUGUCUUUUUUAAAAUAUAAGUUCUAUCCUAUUGCUAAGAUCUGUUUCAAAUAAAGGGAUUCAUCAUCAAAACACACCAGGACAUUUUACCAGAGUAAGCUAACAUUUUUCUCUCACAGAAAUGUUACUGUCAGAUAUAUUUCUCAGCAAUUGUGUAACAAUGGUUAUAAAAAUGUUAUCCUUUAUGUGGCAGCAAAAUGCAACAGGAAACGGACUGCACAUACAGUUUUAUAUGGUUUACAUGUUUUUAUCUCAAAUAUGCAACUCAGCCCAUGAGGAGGCAAGCAGUCAUACAGACUGAAUGGGAUGUAGCUAUCUUUCUACAGACAUUAGAGUAGGCUAGCAAUAUGUACAUACAAUGUAACUACCUCUGAACUAGCAUGGUAUUGACUCACUACAGCCUUAUGAUGUUUGUCUCCCUUUUUAUAUGAUAAACAGCAAAUAUAUAAUUUUAUAUGUUAAGAAAUAAAUCCUUAGUUUGUAAAAAAAAAAAAAAACUUGUCUCACUAUUUAGGAUGUACAUACUUUGUAUACAACUGGUAAGCAUAUGUCUGAAUAAAAUUAUUAUCUUCAUACGUUA